UGCACACAGCUGAAUACGUUUUCUUGUGCACUUUUUCCAUUUUGUUUAUUUUCAUAACUAUGCAAAACCCGAAAGCAACGUGUCGGCCCAAAACCAAUCGAAAUAUUUAAAAACUCCCGAACACCAAUCGCCUCGCCUCACCCAAAAUUAGUGGCACACAAAAAUGCAUCAAUUGUGUAAUCACUGAAUUACAGAUGGUGCCUAAUGGCGAUUUGUUUGUAUCAAAUCUUGGGGUUAUUGCCUUAUAAAAAAUGACAAAUCAAUGUAUAAACACGGCCACAUGGAUAUUCAUACACAUGUACGAGUCCAUACACGAGCUGGUGUGAAUUUGCAAACUUCGUUUCUUUCCUUCAGGCACAAACAGGAUGAGGCAUCCUGAGAAACUGAGAAACUAGCGCAAUAGAGGAGCAGAAGGGAAGCAGAGGACCACGCGCCACCAAGUACCGAAGCAUUCAACAUAUCAUUUCGUGUAGAACAUAGUACGAGUAUCAGUAUUAGCAGCAUGUUGGACAUCACUUGGCUACCCACCGCCUGCGGCUCACUGGCACCUGCUCUAAUACCACCGGCACAUAUUGCCAUUCUUUGGUACUUCUGGGAGAACUACGCCCGGUACGUGGAUAGGCACUUCUGCACCUGCUCAUGCUGGGACACAGUGUUCAAGGGCCCGUACGAGUCGGGGGUGGCCGCCUACAAGCACAUGUACUUCAAUGCCACUCCCAACAGCUUCAAGAUGUGGAUACUGACCGUCUUCGCAGUGAUUGCCCUGUACGAGUGCAUCAAGCGACUCAUCGCCCUGAUCCUGCAGAGCCGCGUGCGCUACUCGAUGCUGCUGCUCUUCCUGCUGUCCAUCUUCUCGCACUACUACGCCUGGUGGGCGUACAUCAACUACUACAACGACGACUACUACAACCAGUGGAACCACCAGCUCUUCUUCACGAUUACCGAACUGUUCUCAACUGUGCUGGUGAUGCACCUGGCCAGCACCACGAACGUCGUCACACCGAAGAAGGUCUUCUGCAUUGUUGGUAUCGCCUUGCUGCACAUCCUCGCCAGCAGCUUCGACCAGUUCUUCUUGAACGUGGUGCGAGGUGAGGGCUACGCCCACCAGAUAGUCCGAGACAUUGGAUUCAUGGUGCCCGAUCUACUGCAGCUCUUCGUACCCGUGUGGCUGCUCCGCCAAACGCGACGUGAGAGCUACUCCACUCGGCCGUUCUAUCGGGAUCGGAAGCUGCAUCGCGACCUCGUGGCCAUGUUCUGCCUCGUUUCACUGCUGUUUGUCCUCUGCACGGUUUUGUGAGAGCGAAUUCUGCUGGACGCCUACGAGGAGACGCACGGCAAGAUCGAGCCCGUGCAGGAUGCAGCGGUGCAACUGCUAAACCGAUAUCGAAUGCUGGCCAGUGGCAAUGUCCACAACUAGGGACAGAUUGAUGGACACGGACGCGGACGCGGACACUGACACGGAUCGAGGUGGAUUGGCGAGGACAAUAUGCAGCGCUUGGCAGUAAGUGCAGGGCGCAAACACGUCCCGAUUCCUGUAGAAUUUUGUAUUUUCCUUUACCGUUUGUGAUAGUUUUUUCUGUCGUGAGUUUUGUUUCUUUUUUGUUUUUUUAAGCAGUUGUGAAGCAUAUCGAUAAGCAUAAUCACCCUAAUAAUCAAGGUACAUAAUCAAUACAGAAAACUGUAAUCUUCCAUUUAGAAACAAUGUUGACCGAUGUUGAUGUUGAGUUAAAUCAUAAUCCCAUAGUUGAGCUAGGUAUAAGCAUACAAUAAAUAGCAUAGAGAUCCUAGAUUCGAGUGUAGGUGUAGAAACUCCCCCUCUAGAAACAUCGAACAUGUGAAGAACAUGUGACUGAGUGUGCCACUUGUGCGUAGAUACCUAGUGUAGUGCCAUUGAUUAUACAAACGAACAACGAUGGAUUGUGGAUGUGGAUACUCCCCACCCGAUGAAUUAUUAAUCUACCUUAACAUGUUACUUGUGUGACUUACGACUGUUGUUCGAUAAUAAUGCUAACAAUGUUAUACAUGUCGAUCCAUAUGGCAAACCAAAUAUUUCAAUACAUCUCGUAGAUAAGCCUCACAACAAAAACCCCAGUCGUAGUAAUCAAAAUUAGUGUUAAACGAUAUUGUUACAAGGAAAUCAAAAAAA